AUACGUUUGUCAGACAAUGGGGAUGCUAUACAUGCUGAAAAUGAAGCCGAGUUUGAUUUACUUGAACUUUGUCAUUGGAAUAGCCUUUUCUGCGAUUCAUGUCGACGAUGAGACCUUGCCUGCCGAGUUUUCUAUUCAAAUCAAAGAGGCAUCUACCGAAGUGUGGAUGGGUGAAACGACGUACCAAGUUGAAUUCGAAACCAGAAUUGAGCUUAAGUCUAAGGUCGCGUGGUUUUUGCAUCAUAUGAAUCAGAAAUAUCCUGUCGUUUUUGGCGAUCCAAAUUUUUCUUCCUCAAUGUCCUACCGUUGGCCGUACAAGAAUCGGUAUAUCGCCAGACUGAGGGCCAGAGAACACAUCGACACACUUGAGAAAAAGACAAUAGAAUUUGCAGUUAGUCUAGAUCAAUCUACAGUCAUGAUAACAUUCGACGAACUGAGGAAUAAAAACACCACAACAUCUCAGACCUUUGAUUUAGAACCUAUGUUCAAGGUUUCUGUUCACAACAAGACAGAAAUGAAUGAAACAACAUACAUUGAAUAUGAAGCAGGAUACGAUGUGCGAGGCAGCGGUGCAGAAGAUCAACAGUUAGUCAUGUCCAGAUAUAUUGUGAAGAAGAGCAACGAUAGCGAUGAAAAUGAGGUGGAAUUCAUUAGUAAAUCCAUCAAGAAUAUCCCUAGUGACGAAAUUUUAUUUUUCGACUGGGAGGACAAUAAUGCUGCUCUAUUUGUUGACGUCACAGAAAUCAAGAUGUCAUAUGGACCUGCUGAAGUCAUCAAGACGAUGGUUUUGAGAACUGAAAAUCAUUUCUGGAACGGAGAUCAAAUGAAACCAUUGUAUGGCAAAGCCCUUUUCCAGGAAUAUGACAUCAUCAAGGACGAUCAACGACCAAUCAAAAUUGCUCAUUGCGAAGCCAUUGGGGACGUUAUCAUUAGUAUUGGUCUGCGUGGAAAAAACGGUAUGGCGGAUAUACCGUCACAUCAGAUACCAGCGGUGCAAGUUAAUUACGGUUACUUCCGGGAGGCGUUUGCUUUACUGAGAUAUUACCGAGGAAAAUUGGGAGAUUAUGAAGCGUACUGCAGCCUUCAAUAAUUGUCGGUUGAUAUAAAGUACGUUCACACUGUGUCAAAAUAAAUGAUGACAAAACUC